ACACACACACACACACACACACACACACACACACACACACACACACACACACACACACACACACACACACACACACACACACACACACACAUACACACACACAAGUAACGUGGCAAAACAAGUGCACGGUGCAUUGAAAAAAAAGGGUCCUAUCUUAAUGUCCGAUAAUGUAUGUUGUUGUUGCGUUGUUGAUAUUCAAUUGCUAUUCAUCUGACGGACCGGCUUCCGCAGAAUCAUCAGUCCGUUUAGUGUUAACUCGUCGCGGUCUUUUUUUAGGAGCGGCUAAGCAUUCUGGAGGAGAUCUGGUAGGUGUAGUGGUGACAAGCAUUCGCUCGUUGAGAUCCUGCUGUGGUUCAGUUGUAAACAAACCUGCAUCUGUAGUGGUCAUAGCAGGAGAGGAAAUCGGAAAUCGGCUGCGAGUGCAUAUCUGUAGUGGUGGUUGAUAUCGGAGCGCUUAUUCCGGACCGUGAGAGUGGAUUGUGAUAGCUGUCUACAGCGAGAGUGGCAGGGUGAUCGUGUGUGAGUUGAUGUAUCGAGUUAGUAUCGAUGACGGCGCGUGUGUUGGGAUUAUUAUUGUUGUUGUUCCGGUAAUCACGAAACUCUCGGUAUGUUAGACCGGAGGGCCAUGUCUCAGGUGAUAGAGCCUUACUGCGUAGAGUGGCCGGUAUGCCCACUUUGAAUGAGAUGAAUGAGAGUGUGUUGGUGUUAGCGCCGAAUUUCGUCAGGCGGUGAACAAACACAUCCCGCUUGUCAAGCGCUAAAUGUGCUUGCACUAUAUGAGAAAUUUGCUCAGUGGUAACUGAUGGGGCAAAACGUGUAAUGAAUAGCCACAUACGCGUACAGUGUGUGGAAUGAUAUCCAGUGUAUCUGAAGCAAGCGGUGAUCCCGAUCCUCUUAGUAGUGGUGUUUGCGGGUUGUUAAGUGGUGUUUUGUUGAUGUAGGAUGACGGUUUGAUUGCACUUACACUAAGUGAGGCCGCCAAAGAUGGGAAUUGUGUUUGUGUUGGUGUAAUAGUAUCGGGAAUAUUGUUAACUACUGAGUUAAACUUUUCGGGGUAUGAUGUUGCUGGAUUGCGAUGAAUGGGUUGUUGAGUGGGUAAAUCGGUUGAGGUGUGUGAUGAAAGCAAACAGGAACGCAUCUCAUCCUUCAGCACUUCGAGGAGAUCGCAUUUAAUACCGACAGUGAUUUGUUUUGGCAGCUCACUAUGGAGGCUCGCUUUAAGGUCGGCAAUGCUGGACGAUAAGUCGACAGUGGUGUGUGUGUAAGGGGUAGACGACCUAAGCACAGCCGAACGCGGAUCUCUAUGGAACUUUACACAAGCCUAACAUGCCCAAAAAAGUUGUGCACAGGACUCUAUAAUAGCGGACAGUUCCUCAGAGAGUCCACUGCAUGUGAAACUCGGCAUUGCACCAACCCUGGCAUUUCACAAUUCGAUCAACAGGUACGAUGUCAUUGGCACAAGCGGCGCAGAUACCGGCCAUUGUAAAAUGGCACAGCAAUAGAUCGCAUGCGCCGAUCCUCAUACACUUUCAUGAGACUCACAAGAGGAGCACGACAGAAGGCAGGAACAUUGAAAAGCGGAAUUUCCUCACUCAUCAAUGAGUUUCGCUUGAAAAAAGUGCAAACAAAACUGUUAUUGAAGCGUUUUAAAAAGGGUCCAAAACGACGUUGUUUUUAUGUAAAGGGGCAAGACGGACACCUGGUUGAAAUAAACGUAUUACUUAGAUAAUUGGAAAUUGUUUCGUUUGUGGCACUAAUAUUCCUACAUGUCUUGAAUCAUCGAUGAAACCUUUUUCAUCGCAAAUAGCACACCAUACCGCUGCACGCUACAACAAUGUGUAGAUUUUAGACAGCUCGCACCUAUGAAAGAUGGUGGCACACUUGCCCCAAAUAGAGGGGGCUCUUUUGCCCCAUAAGUUGUAUCUUUUUUGAAAUGGGAUUUUUUAUGACAAAAAGAAAGUUUUUUUCAACUAACCCCACAAAAAACUUAAAGUUUUCUCAGUUGUACGAUGGUGUAAAUAUUUUCUCGGUUGAUUGUUCCCAUGAUUUUUGAGAGCUUUUUUGGUUUUAUUACUAUGUUUGAUAACUGAUUACUACUACUAAAAAACUAUAAUAGUCUACUCAAUUUUGAAACUCAACAUAAAUCAGUUGAAAAAAAUGGGAAAAAUAGAUUGGUCUAUAUGAAAUUCACACAGUAUACCCAGUCAUUGGAACGCAACUAACUGUAUACACAAUUGAUAAUUUUAUUAAAGUUUUUAUGGAAAAAAUGCUUGGUGGCACUCUUGCCCCUAUGGCACACUUGCCCCAAAUUCCGCUAUAGUAUUGUUAAGACCCGGUUGUAAAGUCCAGAAUUACGUUCGAUGAAGUACCCGCUUGGCAAAGAGUAACUCAUUAUGAUGCCUCUCGCUACCCAUGGCCCUAGUUUUAAAGGAAUCAUGCGACACACUCGCACUCCACUACCUCAUCCCAUGGAAAAACGCUCCCACCAUCGAGGUGUUGACCAAAAUUUCGCUGUGUGCAUGAGACACACACUCGCACUCCUCCCGCCCUCCACAGCUGAACGCUCCCACCGUUGCGAAGAUGGGAGAAUUUUUGCUCUGAGCGUGAGACCCUGAAGCGCAAGAGAUGACACUAUGUGUAAAGACGAUCAUAAUUCGAUAUGGUCAAAAUGCGUCGAUUAUCGUUUCAUUUAUCUGGUAAUGAUGUUUUCACUUCAUCAAAAUUUUAAACAUUAUCAACUAGGCUGAUAACAAUAGUUGAAAUUUAAAUCAGAAUAAAAUCAAUUCAUUUGAAGUAAAAUAAAUUACAUUAUACUUUAUUUUGACCAUAUGAUCAACACUUGUACAUAGUGCCAUUUAUUUUGUGUUCUUCACUCUCGCGCUGUGUUGUUGAUCGUUCGAAACUCAUUGCCAGAACGAAUGCAAAUUUCAUUUUGGAAGGAUUGGUGCCGGAAGAUGCAGCGAAAAUUAUUAAAUGAUAAUAGAAAAGUGGUUAAAUUAAUCGUGAAAGAUGUCAACGCAGGCGUAAAUGCAGUAUGUUUUGUUACAUGAUCUACGGCUAUUUCAUCACCAAAGCUUCUGAUAACAGAUCAAAGGAGAUGGAUAGGGCAUACAGAGUCGCCGUUUAAUUUAAAAUACCUUCGUGAUCGGUAAGUUUUAAAUAGUACUAGUUUUGUUCACCAUUCUAAUGCUCGAUAUAUCUUUCAUUCCUCAGGCAAACGCAUCAAACAGCAAGUGUUUCUCUUCCAACAGCACGUACCAUCGGUGGAUCAAGCAGCCAACGAUUUUAUCGCCAGUACGCGCCAUCAAGAAUUGAAAUAUUCCCGAAUAGCUCUGUGAAUAAAAAACUGCACACUUACUGUCGGAAUUUCCUGGAAUUUUUUGAUCGGUCUACGCUCGCGGGAAUGGUGGGUCCGUUGAGGAGAAGGAAAGAAAGGGUGGGAGCGAGGAUUAACCAAAAACGCGGCAUUGAGAAUGAGGGGAGGUGCGCUCAGCGCUCACGCUGGGACACUCACGAUGCUUGAAAUAAAAUGUUAACAAGCAUCGAUUUCAAGCAUGCAUGUCGCGCGACAUUUUGCCAAGCGCCCUCUUGGCAGAAAUCGCCUGUACACCCUGUCUCUCGCUACCCCCGUUCUACACGUGCGAGCAAUCAUGCGACACACUCGCACACUUCCAUACGUCUCCACCCCUGAGCGCUCCCAUCUUUGAGGUGUUAAGCAAAAAUCGGCUCUGAGCUUGAGAGACACACUUGCACUCCACACACCCCCCAUGACCGAUUGCUCCCGUCAUUGCAAUGAUGGGUUAUUGUUACAUCUGUGUGUGAGAUCCUCGCUCUCACUCCGCCAUGCCUUACCAACCUACUUCAUGCCGCAAUGCUUCCACAUUUGCGGUGUUGGUAAAAUUUUCAAUUUGAUGAGAGAGCGAAAGAAACAAUGGGCGAAUCAUAGUUCUAUUUGGCAAAACAGAAAUAAAACAGAUAAGCAUAAUUUAAUGAUAUUUAAUACAACACACAAUAAUUUACAAUUAGUUUAAGAGUAAUAAUUAUUCAAUAAAUGUGUGUUGUAUUUUAAAUCUUUUUUUCCUGGCAAAUGAAAGUUGUACACAAAACUAUUCUAAAAAUUUGGACAAGUAUUGAAGCUGUUCCAUAGUGAUAAAAGUUGUUUUCUUCAUCUGUGGUUCGCCUCCCUUGUUUGACAGAUAUCAGUGUUGACAAAAAUUGGCUUGGUUUGGUUCGGUGAAAUUCUGGAGUGAUUUAUGCUGUUUAACUAAUAUUAUUUCAAUAAAUUACAGUUUAAUUUGCUUGUGCUUACCGAGCAUAUAAGUGCAGUUAACCAAUAUUUAUUUAAUUGACUGAGAUUGAUUGAGUGUCAGUGUGCGCAAGCGUAAAGGCGUUAAAUUGGUUUAAAUUAGCAGGUAAGUUGUGUAAAGUGUGAUGAUAGCUGGUGUUUUUUUUCUUUUUGAGUUUAUAAACUGUAUAUUGUUAUAGGAUCCAGAUAUCCAGUUCGUAACGGCUCGAAGCAACGGGCAAUUGUGGAUCAGAAAGGAGGAAAGAAAGGGUGAGGGGGGAGAAUAGUGAGCGAAAGCACUCACAGCCGGUGAGUGCGUAGCUUAAAUGGAUAACGGUAGCUUAAACGAUCAAGCCUCUCGUGAGCGGGCACUCAGCGUGGCUUAAACUUUUGAAUGCCAAUAAGCUUUGUUUAAGCUACGAGUUUAAGCCUACAUGUCGCGCGAUUUCUGUCAGAAGGGCGGGUACGCUACUGGCGCACUGUCACGCCUUUCCAGCACACCUCCUCAAGACCCGCUUGGCAAAAUGUCGCGCGACAUGCAUGCUUAAAAUCGAUGCUUGUUAACAUUUUAUUUCAAGCAUCCUGAGUGACCCAGCGUGAGCGCUGAGCACACCUCCCCAUUUACUUUAGUGGAAUCUUUACGCAAAAUCCGCACUUUUGACACUCUUAAAAUCUAGUCGUUAUAAGCAAUACGGCAAAGCCGUCCCUACUAAAUAAAAAAAAUCUAGUCGUUAUUAAGUUAAGUGAACACUGUGCGGUCUAAAUAAGUGUCGUGACACGAACUCGCGAUUGUCGAAAUUAUAUACGUUACACGCGCGGUAUAAUCUUGUGUAAGUCUCACUGUAAGUUGAGAGCAGCACGAACUCGCGAGUGACCUUUUUUUGGAGUGACUGUGAAAACCCGUCGUUGCGGAAAAUGGACGCAGGAGCAAAUCAGGACGCAAGCUGUGAGGUGAUUGAGCAGCAUACGGAGGAAACGCCCCGGAACUCCCCGGAAAGGCGCGAAAGUGCCUCGGAAAAUAUUGUCUGGAAGGACGAAUCAGCCUUGCAGCCCGCGGUAUUACCCCGCGACCUGGAAGUAAGGAGAAAGUGGCUAGAGAUCCGCAAGAAACAAUUCGAACUCGAGAAAUCUCGACAGGAGCUAGAGCUCGAAUUGUUGGGACUGGAGUUGGAGGAGGAGAAAUCCGAUCGCAACAGCCGAGGUAGUGAUUACGUGGAGAAGACGGAGGUCUGGCUGCAUGACACGAAACGCGUCGGGAAGACUACGACAGUUCAACGUGAUGGCGGGGAGCGCCUAGGUCAUUCACCUUCGACCCCAGCGGGAAGCAAAUCAGCAACAGCGGGUGCUAUGCGGGUAGCUGCCGCACCUUCACGAGAGGAAUGCGCGAUAGCGAGCGCAAGCCGGGGUCAGCAACCCUCGACCCCAACGACGAACAGUACCCCUCCGGACUACGACCGGACCUUGGCGAUAGACCAAGCCGCCGCCAUGGAACGCGAAUACGCGCAAUGGAGGCGUGUGGUGUAGUCAGCAUCACGAAACACCGGGCCAAACAACUCAGCCAGGCUCACAAGUCAGGAGCAAUGGCCGCCGCGGCGGCGCCCUACACUAGUUCGACGAUGACACCGACAAGAACGCCGACCCCAAAAUCGCAAGGUGCAUCCGUGGGACUGCCAUUAACAUCCAGUCAAAAGGCGGCGCGUGAAAACACUCCCAAAGAGCUGCCGGUAUUUUCAGGGGCGGUGGAACAGUGGCCCUUGUUUAUCACCGCCUUUGAGCGAUCCACGGCCGCGUGCGGGUUUACGGAUGAUGAAAAUCUGAUUCGACUCCAACAGGCGCUACGUGGACCUGCAUUAGAGUCCGUGGAUCAUGUGCUUCUACUCCCGAAUGGUCUAAAGGAAGUUUUAGACAUUUUGCGGACAGAUUAUGGUCGUCCCGACCUGAUAGUGGACAACCUCGUCGAUAAGGCGAGAAGGUUACCACCAGUCAGAGCCGAAAGGCUCGAUACCUUGGCGAACUUUGGCAAGGCAGUACGCAAGUUGUGCGCCACAAUAAAAGCGUCCGGUUUAGAAGAUUAUAAUUGCAACGUUGCAUUGCUAAAGGAGUUAGUUGCAAAAUUACCAGCCGAGAGACGCCUGCAAUGGGCACGCUAUAAGGUGAAGUUAGCGAGGAAGACCAUAGGAGAAUUCGGCAAGUGGUUUACCGGAAUUGCGGUGGCCGCGAGUGCCGAGGUUAACCUGUUCGAAAAAUAUACGCAACACACUGAAACGACGCGAUCACAACCGGCGCGCCGACCACAAACUAACCACCACCACCUAAACGUUCACCGUACCACUACAUGCGCGCUUUGCCACGAUACAUGUCGCACACUCGUAAAUUGCGCAAGGUUUCAGGAGCUAACGAUCUAGGAACGUCGAGUUUACAUUAACGAACAUCGUCGGUGCCAUAUAUGUCUCGGAACACACCGAGGCCCGUAUUUCGUCCGAUCUCCUUGCGGCAUGGACGGAUGCCAGGCGAAACACCACCAACUGCUUUACGUAGAAUGUGACACUACACAACGCAGCGGCAGCACACAACACGCACUGAACAAUCACGUAAGCACUAAACCGAACUCACU